CGCUCGGGGACGCCGGGCGGGCGUGGGGGUUGCUCCGCUUGGUGGGAGGGGAAGGGUCGGCGGGUGCGAGCGGCGGACCUGGUGCUGGCCCGGGGCGCGAGUGCAGCAUCAGGAUUCGCGGGCCGGCGCUGGGCAGGGCCGGCUCGGCUGGCUGAGCGCCGCUCGAUGAGAGAAGGUGCGCUGCCGACGGCUGGACAACUGCCUCCAGAGGCUUCGCGAGCUGGGUGGUGGGUCCAGGGUGACGGCGAGGCCGGGGCGGGGGUGCGGGCAGCGUGCACGGGCCAGCUCUGCCCCUGGCGCGUCCCGGGCGACGUCGUCAACCUCGGAAACGCCGGCGCCCGAAGGACUAGCGAGAUGCCCCCGAUUCCUGGAGAAGUCACUGUGAAGGGUAGCUGUUAUGAUGAGUGAAGAGGAGACGCCCCAUGGACAGAAUCCUACCCGAGAGACAACUUUGUGACUUGAACCCUCUCGCCUGCGCUUCGGAUCAGAGGCAGAACAGUCCCAGAAAGGAAGAGAUCCUAAGUUUAAGUGGCCAGGCAAUUGUUGAUGCUUCUGCCCAGAGUGACUGAGAUUGGGGUUGGUGCUACCUCCUCCAGAAGUUGUCAAAGACGGGGCGAUAUUGGAAGCUCUAUUUCUAGACUCCUCUGUGCAUCUCUAAGAGCAGCAGGAAAUGAAUACAUCUCAGGCCGAUGCUGUGAAUUGAGGAGAAAUUUGCUGUUAAAAGGGCUGGUGUCAUUUGAGGAUCUGUCUCCAACCUUCACCUGGGAGGAGUGGCAGGACCUGGAUGAUACUCAGAGGACGCUGUACAGGGAUGUGAUGCUGGAGACCUGCAGUAGCCUGGUGUCACUGGGUGUCCACAUAAUGGGUGACCUGACUGAGACCAGCCAGGAAAAUCAUGGCAGACCUUUGUGGCAAAUUGUAAUCACCAGCAACAAAACAUCAACUAAGAGGACAAGUGACUUGGGAAGAGCCUUUAAUUUGAGUUCAACCCAUAUUUCAGGACUGCUUGUAGGUGAUGGAAACUCCUCAGGAAUGAAACCAGAGGAGCUGAAUGUGUGUGAGAGCAUGUUUCGCCCUAGUGAGCCUGAGGAGACACAUGCUGGAGAGAAACCAGAGGACAGUGAUGGAACUGGGAGUUUCCUCAGAGAUGUUGAGUGUUCUCAUUGUCAGCAGAAGAGUCAAACUUUGCAGCAGCCUUUUGAGUGUAACAGACAAGGGAAAGGUUUCAGGAAGGAGGCAGUACUCCUUACACACAGGAGGGCCCCUGUGGAAGUCACGGCUUACAAACAUAGUGAAUGCUGGGGAGCCCGUGAUGGGUCAGCUCUCAUUGCCCAAGGGAGACCUCACAUGGGGAGGACCUUUUGUCAGAAAGAAACACCAUUGAAUCUUCACAGAGCUGAUUUCCAGGAGCAACAGCACCCAUGUAAUCAAAAUGGGAAGAAUUUCAGCAAGAAAUUACACCUCAUUCAGCUCCAGAGAAUUCAGUUAGGAGAGAAAACUUUUGCAUGUAAAAUAUGUGGUAAAACUUUAUAAAAGGUCAAAUCUCACCAGACAUCAGAAGAUACACACAGGAGAGAAACUGUAUAAAUGUAGUGAAUGUGAGAGAACCUUCAUCAUCAGUAAAAUAGUCCUUAGAGAACAUCAGAGAACUCCUAUUGGGGAGAAACACUAUGCAUGUGAUGAGUGUGAGAAACCCUUCUGCUGUAAAUCAGACCUAACUGUUCACUGGAGAAUCCACACAGGGGAAGAUCCCUUUGAAUGUAACAAAUGUGGGAAAUCCUGCCAGAAGUCAGCCCUCACUGCACAUCAAAGGAUUCACAACAGGGAUACCCCUCAUGAAUGCAAUGAUUGUGGUAAAACUUCCGUAAGAAGUCAGUACUCACUGCACAUCAGAGAACUCACACAGGAGAGAGACCUUAUGCAUGUAAAGAAUGUGAGAAUUCCUUUUGCCAUCAGUCAGCCCUUGCUGUACAUUAGAGAACUCACACAAGAGACAAACCUUACAGAUACAAUGAAUGUGGGAAAUCCUUCUGUGUGAAGCCAAAGCUCACUAUACAUCUGAGGUGUCACACAGGAGGGAAACCCCAUGUGUGUGAAGAAUGUGGGAAAACUUCCUACCAGAAGUCAAAACUCACUGUACACCUGAGGACUCACACAGAUGAAAAACCUUGUAAAUGUGACAAAUGUCAGAGAACCUUUGGUGAGAAAUCAACCCUCGAUAGACAUCGGAGAACUCACACAGGGGAGAAACCCUAUGGAUGUAAAGAAUGCUGGAAGACUUUCCAUCAGAGGUCAGCCCUCACUGUACAUCAGAGAACUCACACAGGAGAGAAACCCUAUGAAUGUGAUGAUUGUGGGAAAACCUUUUGCCAGAAAUCACACCUCAGCAAACAUCAGAGAACUCACACAGGGGAGAAAUCAUGUGUGGCUGAGACUGGCUUUAUGUUUGCCCAAACUCACUAUCUUUUUCUUUUGGGGACACAGCCUGCAUUUCUCAGCCUUCCUUUACUGUGGGUGGGGCUGUGUAACUGAACUCUGGACAGGAGAAUUUGAACAUAUUUAUCAACAUUACUUCCAGGCCAGGCCACAAAAAAAUUUCCAUGCAUUUCUGCUGAUUUUUUUUUAUGCCCUGUGGUCUUGUAACGCAAAUUACUCCCAGGUUUGCCUUGGGAGCCACACAUUGCAGAUGGCAACUGGACUUAAGACAGAAAGGACUGAUAAUGGAGAGUGGAGAUUUCCCCAACUCUACCAGAAGCUUCUAUUUGUGUUUUACCUGAGUGAGGAAUAUUCACUGUUGGGCCCUUACAACACUACUAGUCCAUUGUGGCCAGUUCAUUUUAUGAAUUUGGGAUAGACUGUGGGAAGAAAUUACCAGUCCUUGUGUGGAAAAUUCACACAGGAUGGAACCUGUGUUGUCAUCCUUCACCCCCAGUCAUUUGACGGAAAAAUCAAAUCAUUGGAAGAGACAAAGAAUGCAACAAAUGUAGGAAUGCCUUUAUCAGGCGGAGACAGAUCUUGAAACACUGAGAAUAAAAUAAAGCUUUAUAAAUA